GUUAACCUCAUAAGUAAAAAUGUGGGACAUUAGCCAUAAUACAUUGAAACAAACAAAUUGCCUUGCUUCGUAAACAAACACAAACAUGUUGAAUAAUAAAAAACACAGGAUAUGUUCAAGUUGGGCUUUCCGCAUGUUUUUUUUAAUUGUAAUUUGUUGAACUUUCUCAAAUUAUAACCAAACAUUUUACUUCACCUUAACAUUAAAUUAUUUCUUACAAAACUCAGAAAGCGAUUACGCUCACUGAGAGUGAAAAGACCAUCAAGUCACAUGCUACAGAGUACUGCUUAUGAAAUACACACUCCUGUACUUAAUAAUGAACAGUGGGCCUCUUGUGUGUGUGCAUUGAGCUGUUGCACAGUCACUCUAAUCUUUAGACAUCCUUUACUGGCAGCAGUUGUUAUCCGCCGUAGUCUUAAAUUGUUUUAAAGAUUUUGCGUAUCGAUAUCAAAUAAAAUGACUUUAACCCUGAGGAGAGUAUAUCACAUUGCAACAUUUAGCUGGUAUGCAUUUGUUGUGAAGAGCCUCGCUGCUAAGGAUGGAGAGCAGUUACCACCUGGCAUCUUUGUGUACGGGGGACCUUGGAAGUACCUCACUUUUUUGAAUGUAUUACUCCAAAUGUUUUUCUUUGGACUGGCUGCAGUGAAUGAUCUCAAUUGGGGGAAAGACAGCCAGACCCCACUAAACAGAUGUAAAGAUGUUAUUUUUGCUGUUUUUGCCUUCCCUGUUGGCAUGUUUGUUGUUCUGCUUUUCUGGACCAUCUUUGCCUUUGACAGAGAGUUAGUCUACCCGGCAACAAUCGACGCCUUCUUCCCACCUUGGAUAAACCAUGCAAUGCAUACAUUGGUCCUACCUAUUUUACUUGGAGAACUUCUGAUGGAGCCACAUGUCUACCCACAAACAACACAUGCCCUACUUACUCUGGGAGUAGUGGGCUUACUUUAUCUAUUCUGGAUUCUCUGGGUGUACUUCUCAGUCGGGAUUUGGGUGUAUCCUUUACUUGGACACUUCAGUAGUGUCGGUCUGGUUGGCUUCUUCUGCUUUAACAUGUCAGCUGUGACCUUGCUCUACCUUCUUGGACACAAACUCAACAGCUGUAUGUGGAAGGUACCCCUUAAUCCGCACUAACAGACAAAAGCCAUCGGGACAAACCUCUCGAUUACUAUUCGUUUGAGAAAAAAAAAAAACAUAAGCCAAUUUAGUACAGUUUAAGGGGUUUGGUGGUAGCUCUUUGCAAAUAAAAAAUGUGUCCAUUAUAAAAAAAACUAGUUUGAUAAACUCCCUUCAGGACAAAAUUAAUACAUUUUCACAGAUAUACAAAUGCCAUCAAUGCAUAAUUAUACAAUGACGUGUGCUGCUCUAAAAUGCUAUUAAAUCAAGUGACAGCGA